AUGGAUCAAAAACCAGUUACUGAAUCGUAUAAAGAAGAAGUAAAUGCAUUACGUUCGAAACUAUGUCAACUAGAAGUUGAUUCAAUAGAAGAAAAAGCUUCUGAUGAAGUACGUAAAUGGCGACAAAGUUUUGAUACAUCUUCAUCACGUCAAAUUGAUAAAGUACUUAAUGAAAUGGAAAAACGUAAACAAACAGAAGUCAAACAUUUAGCUAAUGAAUUACGUACUUCUCUCGAACAAUUCAAACAAACAAAUCUCAAAUGUCUUGCCGAACUUGAUGCUUUUAUUUCACGAAUAGGUUUAGAUGAUGAAAUUCAACUGGAUUAUGUUAAAUUUCAAUUAGAUUCAAUCACGAAGAAAAUCAAUUCACUUCAUUUCAAUAUUAUUGUACAAGUGGUUGAUAAAUCACAUCCACUACGUCCAUCAACUGCACUCACUCGAAAAUCACUUGAAUUAGUUAAAGUAUUUGAGUGUACAAGACAACGAUCGACCACCGACCCAUCUAGUUUUCUUGAUCCACUUCGAAAUCUUUUUCGUCGUGCAUCAGCGAGUGGAGCAAAUUAUUACAAUACUGAUGUGCUUGAACCACAUAAACAUCCAUAA